AAAACAGUUACAAACACUGUUCGACAACGACUACGCACUACGAUGUCCAUAUUUGAUCCAUUGGGCAUCGCCACUCCAGUCACCAUACAAGCGAAGCGCAUCAUACAAGACACGUGGCGCUCAGGCAUCGAUUGGGACACCCCGUUAGAAGCGCCCGAGGCGGACGCCUGGAGCAGAUGGCUGGAAGAUGUACGACGACUCGCCAAGAUAAAAGUACCGCGCUGCUAUAUGAAACUUAGUCACGCGCGCGGCAUCCAGUUACACACAUUCAUGGACGCAAGUUCAACGGCAUACGCGGCCGUCACCUAUUGGCGUGUAGAAGACGAAGAUGGCAACGUACACGUCUCACUCAUCAUCGGCAAGGGGAAAGUAGCUCCGUUGAAAGUGAUCUCCAUACCACGACUAGAGCUGCAAGCUGCCGUGCUGGGUUGCCGUCUUACACAGACCGUCGUCGACGAGCAUCAAUUUAAACCGACAAGCCGCUACUACUGGACAGAUUCCCGCACGGUACUGACCUGGAUACGCAACGGACCGCGAGUUUAUAAACCGUUCGUAGCGCAUAGAGUGGCGGAGAUCGCUGAACACACUAAAACGAAAGAAUGGAGAUGGAUACCCACCAAAAUGAACGUCGCAGACGACGCCACCCGCGACGUGCCACACGACUUCGACUCUAAUCAUCGAUGGUACAGGGGGCCGGACUUUCUAUAUAUGUCGGAAGAAAAUUGGCCUCAAGAGGAAGUCACGGACGUCAACGUCACGGAUGAAGAACGGGUCCACCUCACCACAGGCGUCGGCGCGCGACUGAAGGAAGCUCUACCCGAAGUAACUCGUUUCUCAAGUUGGAUACGCCUCAUGCGGACCACAGCGCGCGUACUACAGUUCAUAGACAGGCUGCGGACGCGCACACAACGAUGCGCCGCUUUAAGGAAGAGAACGAGGAAAAAUGCCGACGCCGACCCUACUUGGCGAAAAAAUGAUACAGAAAGCAAGAAGACGAAUACUUCCGAAGCUGCGCGUGGAAAGCAAGUUUUACACAAAUUUAAAACGAUCGACGCAUCAUAUCUACGCCACGCCGAGUCGCUGUGGAUACGAGCACAACAGGAAGAGGCGUUCACCGAGGAAAUCAACGCCCUCAUGAGGGGGACCCCCUUUCCCCCCUCUAGCCGCCUUAUGAAAUUAUCAACGCUACUCGACGGCGAAGGCAUAAUACGACUACGAUCGCGUAUAGCGGCCGCGGGUGAUAUCACUGAGCAACAACGGUCACCAGCCGUGCUUGAUGGAGACCACCCGUGGGUGCGACUGUAUAUCGCCUGGAUACACAAACAGACGCACCACGGAGGCUUCGGCAUCACCACCAGCGAGGUACGACAGCACUACUGGCUCCUACGACUACGCAACGCUGUGCGAAGCGAACUGAAACGUUGCCGAGUGUGCCGCAUCAUGAGAGCCACGCCUCCACAACCCUCGACUGGAAACCAUCCGCCCAGCCGCCUCGCUCACCAUCAACGCCCGUUCACAUACACCGGGCUGGAUUUCUUCGGUCCACUCCAAGUCGCAGUAGGCCGCACACGACAAAAAAGAUACGGAGCGAUCUUCACCUGCCUAACCACGAGAGCGGUCCACGUCGAGUUGGCCGGAGAUCUGAGCACCGACUCCGCCAUCAUGGCACUCCGUCGCUUCAUAUCGCGACGCGGAUGCCCGACGGAGCUGUGGUCUGACCAGGGAACCAAUCUCCGCGGCGCGGACGCCGAGCUACAGAGGGCAGCACUAGAAGCUAUACAGGAAGACGCCAGUAUCCGGUUCAUCAAGUGGAGAUACAUACCGCCGAGCGCACCGUUCAUGGGAGGAGCAUGGGAGCGUCUGGUACGGAGCAUCAAAACAGCUCUGUACACCGUACUGCACGAACGCGCCCCGAAAGAAGAGGUCCUGCACACUCUAUUGGUCGAGGCAGAGCACACCCUCAACAGCCGCCCUCUCACCCAUGUAUCCACUGCUCCAGAAGACGAGAACCCCCUGACUCCGAACCACUUCCUACUGGGGGGUCCCUCACGAGUACCACUGCCUGGAGCCUUCACGGACACUGACAUCGAUGGGCGCAAAAUCUGGCGGACCAGCCAACGACUGGCCGACAUGUUCUGGUCACGCUGGAUAAAAGAAUACCUCCCUGAUCUCCAGCACAGACGAACUCCGAGAGCCACCAACGGCGCGCUACAACUGGGAGACUUGGUGUUCAUAGCCGACGGGACGCUACCACGCAACACCUGGCCCCGCGGCAUCAUUGUGGCUACAUACCCAGGCCCCGACGGAGAAAUAAGGGCGGUCGACGUGCGGACAAACAGAGGAAUUCUGCGCCGUCCUACAAAGAAGCUGGUAAUCAUUGCAACGGGAGGCAACGAGACAACGAAGCGCGAACCCUAGGACGUUCCAGCUACAAGCUGCGGCGGGAGAAUAUGUUCAGGACGAAAACGUGUUCGCGCCCAUAUGAUUUAUAAUAUUGUGAUUUAAUGUUGUAAUUUAUUAUUGUUAAUUUCGUGUAAGAUUUUGGUAAAUAAACGAGAGGGAGAGAGGGGUUUUGCUUGGAGUCUGUAGGGUUCUCCCGUCCCGCUCCUGCAUUGGUGCCGUCCCGCUCGCACACUUGAAUAGAAUGCGAGCGGCACGGCGGGCCAGCGAUGAUAUAAAAGGCGGAGCGUUGGGAGCGGAACGACAUUCCAAAACUGACUGCGAAAGAAUCCGAAGAUGUUCCAAAUCUCACCGCGAUCCAAGCAAGACCAAGAUCAAGAAGCUCAAUUUACAACCAGGCGUUUUUCUCAUAAUCCGCCCCCACAAAUAAUAUUCCAUUUGUAGUAAAGAAGGCCUUAAAGUUAAAAAACGAAUUAUCAUUAACAGUGAGCGUAAAAAAGAAACAAGAUAUACAAUUUUUUACGGGACUUUUUA